CAUUGCUCUUAACGUGUUCAGCAGUGGUUCAACCUACGGGAGAAAGAGGCUUGACUUUACUAGUUGGGGAUGACAACAGAUGGACCCAUCGAAAUACUUCCCGAACCUCGAAUGGUACUUCGUAGAUCAGAAUUGUACAUAGAUCCGCUCCGACCCAUAAAAGAAAUGUUUUCUAAAAUUCGAGGGAAACAUAAAUAUCGCUUUGAAGCCCCAGAAUGUGAUGAACUCACUCGAAUUUGUUCAAAACUAUUACAAGAAUAUAAACAAGCACCAACCAACAAUGCUACUGCAGAUGAUUGGUUGAUUUCUAUAGAGAACUAUGUUGAUGACACGACGGACAAGCCCCGAAUACAAAGGAUUCCAUCGUUGCUGCAGGAGAAACAAUCCAACAAAAAUUGUUAUGAUCCUCUCGUAGUUUCGAUAGGCCCUUAUCAUCAUGGAAAGCCAGGGCUCGAAGCGUUCGAGCAGCUAAAAAUUCCAAUCGCGCAGAAAUUCAUUCGUUUCUUUACAGAUCAAGUAUCUAUCGAACAGUUACAUAAAGAGGUGGCAAAGAUAGGUAAGAUUGCCCGCGAAUGCUAUGAGAAAGACUCGACUGAAAGGUAUGACGAUGAAUUGUUCAACAAAAUGAUGUUUAUUGAUGCUUGCUUCGUGCUUUAUUUUAUUAUAUACAUCUUUCUUAUAACUAAACGUACGAAUAUAAAACAAAAAGAAGCAGAUCCACUACAUGGCUGGAUUUGCUACCUUGGUUUUGUGCGGAGGGACUUGUUGUUGCUAGAGAAUCAAAUUCCUCUACUAGCACUAAAAGUUAUGAUGAAAUUAUUGUUCAAAAGUGAAAAACGAGAAUGGGAGAGAGAGUUGCUUCAGAAUUUCCUUGAUCAUAAAGCCAUUAUGCCACCUCAGGAAAAUUCAUGCAACAAUGCUGUCAAAAAAUUUCUUCCACAAAUGAUGGGACGCGGUGUUCAGAAAAAGGAGAUUUGGAAAUUAGCUAUGGAUGCACGCUCUCCAGCCCCUCUUCACCUUCUACAUCUAUUUCGGGAGCAGCUCAUCGGGUCAUCUCCUGAAGACAAAAAUAAAUGCCCCCUAAAUCUUGAUCGGGAACAGUCAUCGGGUCAUCUCCUGAAGACAAAAACAAGCUCAUCCGGUCAUCUCCUCAAGACAAAAACGAGAAGAAAUCUGUCAAAACGCCUUGGACAUCCUAAAGACAUCGGGUCAUUUCCUGAAGACAAAAACAAGAAGAAACCUGUCAAAUGCCCCCUAAAUCCAGAUCGAGAACAGCUCAUCGGCUUAUCUCCUGAAGGCAAAAACAAGAAGAAUCUUGUCAAAUGCCCCCCAAGUCCAGAUCGGGAACAGCUUAUCGGGUCAUCUCCUGAAGACAUAAAUAAGCUCAUUGGGUCAUCUCCGGAAGACAAAAACAAUGAGAAUUUUGAAUGGCAUUCGUAUCGUUCAGUAACGGAACUCAAAGCAGCAGGAAUUCAUUUCAGACCAAGUCAAACUAACCAUGUUACUGAUGUAAAGUUCAAAUCUCACCUUAUUUCUAGUACUCUUACAUAUCCUCGAAUCGUGGUUGAUGAUUCAACACAAGAUUUGCUGUUAAACUUGGCGGCUUACGAAAUGUGUCCCCAUGGCCCUUCUGAUUAUCACAUUAUGUCAUACAUUUGCCUAAUGGAUUCAUUCAUUGAUCAUGCCGAUGAUGUUAAAAGAGCUCAGGAAAAGAAGAAUUCUUGUCAACAAUUUAGGCAGUGACGAAGUAUUGGCGGGACCCUUUAACGAGAUAGCUAAUGGUUUGGUAUUUGAUCCUUUUGCAUAUGCAGAUGUUAAGAGGCAGAUUCAAAAUCAUUGCGAGAGUAGAGCACAAGUCUGGAUGGCUAAAUGGAUACAUGACCAUUUUAGCAGUCCUUGGGCUUUCUUGGCUUUUCUAGGUGUAAUUUUUGUCAUCGCUCUUGUUGAUAAUAUUGUAGGGAAAUCUGAAUACGUUAAUGAACUCCAAGGCACGAAAAAACGUUAUCUUUUAAGA